UAAGGUCGAUCGAUUCUUUCCAUAAAAUUUGAGAGUACCGCCUACCCUUAAGGAUAAGGAUAAGGAUAAGCUCGUCCACCACCCACCCUUUACCAGUACCGCCCCUUUUGAUCUUUUCCCCAGUAGUACUAUUUCGAGCAUGAAAAACCCCCAAACCCUCGAUCCUUUUCUUUCUCUCUUCCACUACGUCAUUAUCGCAUAGUUUGCUGAUUUAAUUGUGCUGCAUGGGGAUUCAGGUCCGGUCAGGUCAGGACAUGUCGACAAAUUUGCUGGAGUAGUAUGUUGCGCUGUGCAUGAGUAGUACCCCACGAAGUGUAAUUGAUAGGAGACGUGCACGCUGAAGACUCGGAAAGUAUGAUGAAGUGAAGGCUGCUAACUAUAUUAAUUGAAUGGAGCUUUCCAGCUCGUUUGAGGCCAAUGCAGGUAGUAAUAUUAACCGUGCCGAGCAUACAGAUCAGGCCAUCCCUGGCAUGGAUCCUAAGUUCUAUGAAGCAGCGGCGAAAGGCAACAAUGGGGUCUUCGAAAAUAUCUCCGAUCCACUUGAUCGGUUUUUAACUGUUAAUAAAAAUACAAUCCUACAUAUAUGCAUUUCAAGUAUCCACGUUGAAGAAGACUUAGCUGGAGGAACUGACCCAGCCUCAGCGGAAAAAUUUGUGAAAUAUGUACACGACAAGUGUCCGUCGACACUUUCACUGAAAGCCAAUGCGGAAGAGGAAACUGCAUUAGCAGAAGAAAGAACUAGCGUCGUUGGAGGAACCGACCUAGCCUCAGCGGAAAUAUUUGUGAAAUAUGUACUUGACAAGUGUCCGUCACUUUCACUGAAAGCCAAUGCAGAAGAGGAAACUGCAUUACACAUCGCGGCAAGGUAUGGGCAUGUUUCCAUCGUGGAAGUCCUGAUUGAACAUGAAAAAUCACAGCUUCAAGAUCUCGAACGCGGUGUAGCAGUUGAAUCUUCAACUGCUACGGAGAUGCUAAUUGGGCGGGUGAACAAAGAAAAAGACACGGCCUUACAUGAGGCUGUACGUAAUAAUCACGUUAAGGUGGUAAAACUAUUAUUGGAGAUAGGUCCAGAAUUUUCGUAUGGUGCUAAUGCUGCUGGUGAGACCCCACUUUACUUGGCGGCCGAGAGACACUUUCCAGAUUUGGUGUUCGAAAUUUUACAGACGAAGUCACCAGCUUAUGAUGGCCCACUUGGUAGAACGGCUUUACAUGCUGCAGCUUUUUACGAUGGUGAAGAAAUAACGAAAAACAUUUUGGAAAGAUACGGAGAUCUAAGGAAACAAGCAGACCAAAACGGUUGGACUCCGCUUCACGUGGCUGCAUACAUGAAUCGCAUUGAGCCAACACAACUAUUGCUGAAACGUGAUAGAGGGCUGGCAUAUAUCAAAGACGUAGAGGGUAAGACAGCUCUUCACAUUGCAGCUCGCCGCAACAACAGCAGGAUAAUGGAAAAGAUUAUAUCAAUGUGUCCGGAUUGUUGUGAACUGGUUGACAAAAAAGGCUGCAAUGCACUCCAUGAUCUAGCCGCGGCGAAUGGCCGUUUGGGGGAGAGUACAGUGGAAAUGAUCCUAAAAUAUCGAUCUCUCCGUAGUCUUUUGAAUCAGAAGGAUGCAGACGGGAAUACACCUCUCCACCGGCAUUGCAAUUCUUGGCUCAUGAGUUCUCCUGGAGUUGACAAGAGGCUCUUCAACAAAGAAAAUCUGAGUGCCUAUCAAACUUCUCUAACAAGUGAAAAUUUGCUAACUGAUGAUGAGAAGAAUCGAAUUUUCAAAUCUGCUUGUUCCGAAGAAUCUAGAUUUUGCCUCAGUCGACGAGUAUUAGAGAUCGACUAUGAUGAAUCCGAAAGGAAGAAGCAGCUGCAACGAGAGAAGGAGAAACAGGAGAUGGAGAAACAGGAGAAGGAGAAACAGGAGAAACAAGAGAAGGAGAAACAGAACAAGGAGAAUCUCGACGAGUUUGAUAAAUUGUCUCAAGCCCAUUUGCUAGUUGCUGCACUCAUCACAACUGUCACCUUUGCAGCAGGAAUUACCAUGCCUGGGGGUUUCGUUGGGGCAGGUGAUAAUAAACCAUACCCAGGCUCUGCAGUUUUGUGGAAUGAUUGGCAUUUGAAGCUCUUCAUCGCCUGUGAUUCCAUAUCUAUGCUGCUCUCCACUUACACUGUCAUCAUCUACCUAGUUUGCUCCUCGAAAGGACUGCAUUCCAUCAACCCUAAAACCCGCAAAAGGUUUAUUCGAUGGGCCUUUUUUGCGCUUUACGUGGCUGCUUUAUUUAUGGUGGCGGCAUUUUUCGCGGCCAUAAUGAUGAUGAGACCGCAUCGAAAGGGCCGGCGUCCAUUUGGUUAGGGCUGGAGAUCCGAAUACGUAUCCAUAUACCCGAAAAAACACGGAUCCGUAUCGGCGUUUUGAAAAGUGGGCAGAUGUCUGCUGGGGUAGAAUCAGUCAAAACCCGAGUAGAUAUCUAGAUUCGGGGCAGGAUUUAAAUACGGAUAUCUGGGUUUAUGUAUUGGACUUUUUUUUAUGAGUUA